AUGGGGAGCCCUGGGGGAGGAGGGCGGGGUCAGGAGCCUCGCGCGGCCGCCCCCCCUCCCCCUCCCCGGAGCUGGAUCCCCCGCCCGCUCGAGCGCCCAUCGAGGCCCCGCCGCGCCCGGGAUGCCCCGGGGCCCGGCCCGCCGCUCCCCGCCCCGCCCUGCGGUACCUCGGGGCUCCGGAGCGUGCGGGGCUCGGGCCGACCGCCGCGCCCCAUCUCCUUCCCGCGCUCGCCCCAGGGCCUGUCGCUGCGCAGGGCCGGACGGCCUGGGGGCGCCCGCGGCGGCAGCGAGCCUGGCGGGCUGGGCGGACGCAGGCGCCGGAGCCCGCAGCCCGCGGCUCCACCUCCUCUCGCUCGGCUCCGCAGCUCCGCCGCCGCCGCCGCCGGGCCGCACAAUGGGAGCGGGCGGGCGGUGACUCACCCCGCCCCGGCCGGCCCGGCCACCACGCGCGAGCCCCCGCAGGACCCCACCUGCUCCCCAACCCCUUCUCCGGCGCCCCACGCGUUACCGAGGGCGGCCUCCUCUCCCCGCAAGAGCCGUGAAGGCUACCCCUCCGCAGACGCCAGCCCCUCCAACCUUGGGAACUGA